GGGAGUAAUAUAGAAAAGGGCAAAAGGAAGUAAUGAACACAUCCAGGAGAGCACAAUAGAAUGCUUUUCCAUCCUCUUCUUUUUCCCACACUAGUCUCCAACACCCCCACCCUCUCCUCUCAUGGCUUGUCGGCCACUUUCUCUCUAAACCCAUUUGCCGGAAAACAAACCCCAUUUCGCCGGAACAGCUAAAACCCACCCACUUCAUCUCACAAUUUUUACACCCACCCACCAUUUCUAUCGUUUUCGAGAAAGAUCUUUAGCUCCAUUACACACACAAAUAUGUACGUGGUGCCUCCUCCUAAGCGCUCGUCGGAUCCAAUGCCCGGAUACUCUGGUGGGUCGUCGGAUAAUGUGCGGAUUUAUCAGAUAUGGAAAGGAAGCAAUAUUUUUUUCCUUCAAGGAAGAUUCAUAUUUGGACCAGAUGUAAGAUCACUAGGUGUGACCAUACUUCUAAUAAUAGUUCCCGUUACGGUCUUCUGUGCUUUCGUUGCUAGAAAACUGCUGGAUGAUUUUUCUUACCACUCAGGAGUAUCAAUUAUGGUUGUAGCCAUUCUGUUUACAAUUUAUGUUUUAGGUCUUCUCCUGCUAACAUCUGGAAGAGAUCCUGGUAUCAUUCCUCGCAAUGCCCACCCCCCAGAACCAGAAGGCUAUGAUGGGAGUGCAGAAGGUGGUGCUCAAACCCCACAGUUACGUCUACCGCGGAUCAAGGAAGUAGAAGUUAAUGGUAUUACUGUGAAGGUCAAGUAUUGUGAUACCUGCAUGCUUUAUAGGCCUCCCCGCUGCUCACAUUGUUCUAUUUGCAACAAUUGCGUUGAGCGAUUUGACCACCACUGCCCUUGGGUUGGGCAGUGUAUAGGACUGCGGAAUUAUCGGUUCUUCUUUAUGUUUGUGUCUUCGACAACUCUUCUUUGUGCAUAUGUCCAUGUUUUAUGCUGGGUCUACAUCAAAAGGAUCAUGAACUCCGAGGACACAACGAUAUGGAAAGCAAUGAUCAAAACUCCCGCAUCAAUUUGUUUAAUAGUUUAUACAUUCAUUGCAGUUUGGUUCGUUGGUGGCCUUACUGCCUUCCAUUUGUAUCUCAUAAGUACAAAUCAGACAACUUAUGAGAAUUUUCGAUAUCGUUAUGAUCGCCGAGCCAACCCCUAUAACAAAGGAGUGAUGCAAAACUUUGCGGAGAUCUUUUACAAUAGUAUCCCUCCGUCUAAGAACAAUUUUAGGGCUGAGGUGCCUAGGGAACCUGGGUUACCACCUCGAUCUGUAGGCGGUGGAUUUGUUAGCCCAAACAUGGGCAAGGCUGUGGAUGACAUUGAAAUGGGCAGGAAAGCCGUAUGGGGUGAUGUUGGUGAUGCUCUAGAUCAUCGUGAAGGGCAACAUCCUUACACUGAUAGUGUGAACAAGGAUGGUGGAUUGGGUCAGAUGUCACCGGAGAUCAGGACUACUGUGGAGGAGGGUGACCGUGUUGGAAUACAUCAUCCCAGGCGCUCAAGUUGGGGAAGAAAAAGUGGAAACUGGGAAAUGUCGCCUGAGGUUCUUGCAUUAUCAUCUAGAGUUGGAGAAGCAAACCGAACGGGAGGGAGCAGUAGUAGCAACUUGACAACCUCCCAGCAAGCACAACCAAAGUAGUAUAAUAUGAUAGACAAAUAGGUUAUUCUGGUGUUGAACAGGUUUGAUGGUAUGCAAGCUGAUUGUUUAAGGUAUGAUUAUGGCGUUGGAGUUGAAAAUUGUUGUCUUGCCAUUGUUUGGGUCUUGUUUGCAAGAAGUGUUGAAUGUUGAUUUGCCAUUGUGUUCUAGGAAGAAUGUUUUAUAUUCUGAAAGUUGCCGUCUUCAUGUCCCAUUUUACAUUGCCUUGUGGAAAAAAUGUUGUAAUUAAUUGUUUCCUGAUGUGUUCCUCUUUCA